AUUUUUGUCAAUUUAUACUAGUUGUAGAAGAAAAUAAAUAAUGAUAUAUUGUAAAUUUUUAUUAUCUACCAGCCGGGAAUAUAAAUAUAGUGUAAGAAUUUAGAAAUAAAAGUAUUAUUUAUCGAUUUUUCAAAAAGAGCGGUUAUUUCAGUAAAUGCACUGAUGAUUUUUUAUUAGACGCACCUAAUGUUAUAUCUGUCUCUGGUCUUGCAGCAUCAUUUAUUUCGUUUACAAAUGGUUUCUGGUGUGCAUGGUGUUCACAAGUGUUUGUUGUGCCGGUUUAAUUUUUAUUAUUAAAAAAUAUUCUUAAUUCACAAUGCACCCGGGAGGGAAUAUUUUAUCAGAUUCACAAGAAUCAGCUCUUUUUGACAAUGCAAUUAUGGAUCACAUCAAAAAUGAUUUUGGACCCGAUGGAAUAGAGGUGGAUCAAUUUACAAGUGAAAUUUUUGAUGAUAAUGUUUAUCCUGAUAGUGAUAAAAAAUAUUUGAGUUUAUAUUCAAGUCAAUCUGUUCAUCAUCAACAACAACAGCAGGCAUACAAUAGUAUGUAUGUACAGACAAUGGUUGCUCCUCGUGAUGAAUUCCCUGGAAGAUUAGAUUUCCAAUUGAUGUUAAAUCAGCAAGCUUCGACAAAACAUUGGAUUUAUUCACAAUCCCUGGCGAAGGUUUUCAUAAAUAUGGAUGAAGUUUUACCAUUGCGUUUUAAAUGGGAACCAGCAAUUAAUGGACUAUUUCUACGAACACAAAUGGUGUAUGUAUUGGAACAAUAUAGAUCGGAGCCAGUUUUACGUUGUCAUAAUCACAUGGCAAUGACUCGAAAAGAUCAUUUUGAAGUUGAUAAUUUGACAAAUAGACACGUAGUGAGAUGUGUCGAUAGAAAUAGUACAUACGAGGAAACACAAUCAGGACAUUUGUCAAUUCGCACACCACUUGGAACACCGGAAGUAGGCACUGCUUAUGUACCAGUGCAUUUUAAAUUUUUAUGUAAAAACAGUUGCACAUCAGGUAUGAAUCGACGAGCAACAGAAAUGAUUUUCACCUUGGAGGAUGAACAUCAAAAUGUUUUGGGUCGUCGUCGAUUGCAAGUGAGAAUUUGCAGUUGUCCCAAGAGAGAUAAAGAAAAAGAGGAAGACGAAUCGAAUGGUGUUACUGUGCAAAAAGUAAAAAAAAGAAAAAUGUCAAAACUCGAUCCAACUCAAACGAAUGGACUUAAGAAACAUUCAUCAUUUAGCGACGAUACGUCUGUUUGUCGUUUAAAUUUAGAAAUUCUUGGCAAAGAAGAAGCGAUGGCAGUGAAAAAAUAUGCUUAUGAUGUUAUGGCGGGAAAAGCAUUACGUACGGGAAAAUUAGAUCUAUUUUCACCGUAUUUGAAUAAACUUCAGAAGCCACUUUAAAAAUUUUUCAAUUUUUUGGUUUGUUCUUCAUGCACUUUUAUACAAUCUUAUUAUUUUUUUUUCUAGAAAUAUUUGUAAAUUGUAGAAUUUAAUUUUUUUUAAAUUAGAAACUUUUCAGAUCUUUAUUUAGAAUUUCUAAAUUUCAAAUGACAGAAAUAUUGUGCCUUAAAAUGGGACCAUUUAGCGACAGUUAGCGAUAAUAAUAAAAUGCUGCCAAGUAAUUAUUACAUUACUGUGAAUAAUUUAAUAAGUAAUUAUUUACAAUUUAUAAAGAAGUGCAUUUUUUCAUUACUAAUUUUUUAUAUUAUUACGUAAUUUUUUUUUUAUACCUUUGGAAAGAAAAUUAAUUUUCUUUUUUGAAAAAAAAAAAUUUUUUUUUUUUUUGUAAGAAAAAUUUUCUCUUAAGUAGAAGCUAAGUAACUUUACGUUAAUAAUAAUAAGUCUAAUUAUUUCUUAAUUUACUUAAUUACUGAAUUAAGAUUCGUUUACACUAUACGUUAUUGUCAAAUAUUUUUUUCUUUACAAAAAAAUUUUCUAAUUUCGAUUUGUAUUUUGUAAGAAAAGAAAAA